AUGGAAGCCUCACCCCUGACCCAGCAGAGUAGACCGGAGACCUUCCAGCCCAAAAUCGUGCAACUUUACGAGACGCUGUUUCGUACGUCAGAUUUCACAGAACCUAGUGAAGGAUUUUGGAGAGAAUUUUUCCUGCUUCCCCCAGAUAAAAAGCAGCUUCGUCGGAUCUUAGAUGAUCUGAAGCCGGAUGAUGCAUUGAGCCUGCAGGCGCAAACCCAGCAACUGUUUGCUCGGGCCAUCCGGGAAGCUGCAUCGGGAGUUUCGCCCAACGAUCUGCAUGCGCUCGAGACGCUGAGUGCCUUCCUGGGCAGUAUCUUGACCAAGAAAUACACCAACCCCAGUUCGGAUACCAUCACAAUCCUAGCAGGACUUGAUGAGGUCGAUCAGGUCUUUUCCGACUUCGUCGGCGUCCUGGACAAGAUCAUCCGCAAUGGCGGCAGCUUCGACCUUCGGCUGAAGGCUAUCCGAACGGCCAUCUCGAUGGUCAGCGGAGCCUACAAGACCGGUCUCGUCUCCUACUUUACUCAUCGUGAUCUCUUUCCUUCUCUCAUGAAGUUUGUAAAUGACUCCGAUACCCCUCUGCACAUGUUGGAGCCUUUCCUGCUCCUUGGUCUGUUGGCAAACUACAACAAAUUUGAGUUUCAAAAUCCCUAUCAGCAACGACUUGAUGAUUUCGUGAAUGAGGCUACGAUCCAGAAGAUUGUCAAGGGAACGGGGGAGUCCUGCUCCGCGUUGCGAAACGGCUAUGUCGCCGUCCAGGACGACCUCCCGGAGGGCUGGACUCUGACCAGCACUCUCAUCUUCUUUGGCCUGCGAGCAUUAGCUCCAGGAGCCAGAGAAAAGCCUGCUCCGCCUACCGCGGAAGAGGCGAAGGAGAUGUUCGCUGCGCUACCCUCGCCUGAAGCGGCCAUCCUCUUGGCUACAUACGACUUUGUCAACGCAAACAAGCUUUUUGGAUACAACCUCGUUACAUACAUGCCGGAGAAGCGGACCGAGGAGUCUCCCUUCUCAAGUUUCCUGUCGUUGACAUCCUAUUUGCUUCAGCAUGCGUACCGGUCUGACCGGGUCGCACAGUACGCAGAGCUGAACCUGUUCACUCUCCGGAUCCUGGUCGAAGACCCGGUCCUGUGCAAGCGGAUAUGCAGCGAUGACAACAAGCGCACUGUCCGGCUGUGCCGGCAACGGCAACCAUAUCUCCCUCUUGUCUCGGGCGAGCGCGUCCUGGCGACGGUCAUAUUCGACAUCAUGAUCGACACCAUUUCGCACAAUCUCCGCCGCCGUCUCGACGCCAACUUAUACUGUCAUACCAUCGCCAUCCUCCUCCGUCUCUUCACAUACCUCUCAUCCAACAAAACACGGCUCUCAUAUCACUGGGCCGAACUCUGGCGUACUCUGCUCUCGCUCAUGCGCUUCCUAACCACCUAUGCAUCCGAUCUCUCCUCGAAUCCGCAAGUCAAUGUCCUAACGACCUCUCUUGUCGAUCUGAUCGCCUUCUCCCUGUCGGCGGGCGACACGUUCCUCCCCGACCCGGCAUCUUACGACGACCUGUUCUACAAGAUCGUCGAGACCGGUCCCAUUAUCAACAAGUUCCGCGACGUCUACAGAUUAACCCCUUCCGUUGCCGACAGCAAGGAGACGACGACGGCGGGUGGGAACAAAAACGUCGCCGCCAUCGACACCCUGAUCUCCGUAUCCACGCACUUCCAUUCCCUCCUGUUCCAACCGGAGACUCAUACCAAGAAGGGCGAAACAGCAACAAACGGCGCUUCUACAGACGCGGCGCCCAUCCCAGCAAGGCGGAAGAAGAACCUCGGCCCCCGGGAGGUCCACCAGAUCAUCAAGCAAGGGUACGACACCCUGAGCAUCCAGACGCGCGAGGGCCUGAACACGUGGGAGAAGUGGCGCGAAGCGGACUGGAAGAUGGAGUUGAAGCGUGCGGCGAGAUGUGCGGUUGAGGAUGCCCGGAGGCUGGUUGCCUAG